UUACGUCUCACUGUUCUAUUUCUCGUUCUCGUAGUGUAAUAACAAUAAUAUAAUACAUGUAUAUAUGUAUAUAUACAAGAAUUAAAAAAGGAGUAAAAUUCGUCAAGUAACAGGAAUUUCUUAUAGAAAAAUUGUACAUAGUUAUUAGUUAAAAUGUCAACGAGGCCAGAUGACCACAGAAGAAAAUGGAACAGAGAAGAGUACGAGAGAAUUGCCCUGCAGAGGCUACAAGAGGAAAUAGCAGAGGAAGAACUAGGGAUCCCGAAGCAGCCUGCAGUCAAAAGAGAGCUGCUGAAACAACGUGAUUACAAAGUCGAUUUGGAGUCCAAACUUGGCAAAAGCGUUGUCAUUAGUAAAAAUACCCCAAGUUCACAGUCUGGAGGAUAUUACUGCAAUGUCUGCGACUGCGUUGUCAAGGAUUCCAUUAACUUCCUUGAUCACAUCAAUGGAACAAAACAUCAAAGAAACUUGGGUAUGUCGAUGAAGAUAGAGAGAUCGACACUAGAACAGGUCAAAGCUAGAAUGGCUCUUAACAAAAAAAAGAUGGACGAAAAGAAAAAAGAUUAUGAUCUUGAACAGAGGCUGAAAGAGUUAAAAGAAGAGGAAGAAAAAAUGAAAGAGUACAGAAAAGACAAGCGUAAAGACAAGAAGCGAAAAAUUGAAGAGCCAAAGGAGGAUGAAGAGCCAGUAGAUGAGAUGACAGCUAUAAUGGGCUUUUCUGAUUUUGGUUCAAAGAAGAAAAAAUAAGAAUGUAUUAUGUAUUUUCUUACUCUGUAUUCCUUAGAUUUAGGCUAAGUAUGUAAAUUAUAAAAUGCUAUUUUAUUGUCUUCAGUUACUUUAUCGUAGAUACAAUUUUGAAAUACUAUGAAGUAUAUCAUAAUGAAAUUUUUA